CGGAUGAUGUAUUUAUAACUAAACAUCUAAUAUGGCGCCGUGUGUUGAAAUCUGCAGGUGUCCUUAACUGUAUUUCCUAGGAUGUAUUCUUAAUUUCUUGGAAUAUUUUAUUUAAAGACUAUAAUUAAAAAAAUGGAUAAAGUGCAAGUGGCUGUUAGGGUUCGGCCUGUCAAUAAACGAGAGAGGGAUUUAAAUACAAAAUGUAUCGUCGAUAUGGAAGGCAGCCAGACGAUAUUGCACCCGAUCAAAGACAGACAUGAUGGUGCUGCCAGAAAAUCUGCAAAGACCUUCGCCUUUGACUACUGCUUCUGGUCCAUGCUUGAGAAUGAUCCUAAAUUUGCAUCUCAAGAGCUUGUGUUCAAUUGCCUGGGGAGAGAGAUUCUGGAGAGAGCGUUUGAAGGCUACAAUGGCUGCAUCUUUGCUUAUGGACAGACGGGUUCCGGCAAGUCGUAUACUAUGAUGGGCACCCCUGAACAAAAGGGCAUCAUCCCCAGGCUGUGCGAUGCCCUGUUUGAGAACAUUGUCCAGAUAACCAACUCCAGCCACUCCAUUAAGAUUGAGGUCUCCUACAUGGAGAUUUACAACGAGAAGGUGCACGAUCUACUCGACCCCAAAGGAUCCAAACAGAAUCUGAAAGUGAGAGAACAUAACAUCCUGGGUCCUUAUGUGGAUGGCUUGUCCAUGUGUGUAGUGUCAUCCUUUGAGGAUAUUGACAACUUGAUGAGUGAGGGCAACAAGUCCAGGACAGUGGCUGCCACCAACAUGAACAGUGAAAGCUCAAGGUCACAUGCAGUCUUUAACAUCGUGGUGACCCAGACAUUGACUGACCAUGCCUCAGGGGUGUCAGGAGAGAAAGUCAGCAAACUGUCCCUUGUGGACUUGGCCGGCAGUGAACGGGCGCAGAAGACGGGCGCCAUGGGGGAGCGCCUGAAGGAAGGAAGCAAUAUUAACAAGUCACUGACCACACUAGGACUUGUCAUCUCUGCCCUUGCUGACCAGUCUGGCGGUGGGAAGAACAAGAACAAGUUUGUCCCCUACAGAGACUCUGUGCUGACCUGGCUACUCAAAGACAACCUUGGAGGAAACAGUAAAACUGUCAUGGUGGCUACCAUCAGCCCAGCUGCUGACAACUACGAGGAGACCCUGUCCACCUUGCGCUAUGCUGACCGGGCCAAACGUAUCAUCAACCAUGCUGUGGUCAAUGAGGAUCCCAACGCUCGCAUCAUCCGUGAGCUGCGUGAGGAGGUGGAGAUGCUGAAGGCCCAACUGAACCAGGCCCAGAGUAUGAAAGCUCCAGACCUGGCUGAGAGGCUGGUGGAGUCUGAGAAACUGAUGAAAGAAAUGUCCAAGACUUGGGAGGAAAAACUUCUGGAAACAGAAAAGAUUCAUCAGGCUCGUCAGAAAACUCUGGAACAGAUGGGCGUGUCUGUUGUCACUUCCGGCAUUAAGGUGGAACAUGGACGACCAUUCCUUGUGAACCUGAACGCUGACCCCUCGUUGAAUGAACUCCUGGUCUACUACUUGAAGAAUGGGUUUCCAAAGGAUCAUACACUGGUCGGACGUCCCGAUGCCCCGACCCAGCAAGACAUCCAGCUGAGUGGACUGGGCAUCCAACCCGAACAUGCCGUGGUGGAGAUGGAAAACAACGAUGUCUACAUUACACCACUGGAUGGCGCCAGGACAUGCGUCAAUGGUUCAGUCAUCCAUGAGAAGAGACGAGUCCGACAUGGAGACCGCAUCCUGUGGGGAAACAACCAUUUCUUCCGGCUGAACUGUCCUCGACUAGCCAACAGUCCCAGCAGCCAGGAGCCGGAGCAGAAGAUAGACUAUGACUUUGCCCAGCAGGAGCUUAUGGAGAAAGAGCUGGUGAAUGAUCCUAUUCAGGAAGCCAUCGGAGCCAUUGAGAAGCAGCAUGAGGAGGAUAAGCAGGAGGCUCUGGAGAAGCAGAGGCAGAUGUACGAGAGGCAGAUGCAGAUGUUGCGAAACCAGCUGAUGUCGCCUGGAACCCCUUCCUUCCCGCUCCAGCUUUUUGACGCUAGCAAGCUGACCCCGACAGGUUCCCAGAACAGCAUUCAGAAAAAGUACCAGCAGUGGGCACAAGAAAGAGACACGAUGUUUAAGCAAAGUUUGAUCAAACUAAGGGAGGAAGUUGUCAAGGCCAAUGCCCUGGUCAGAGAGGCCAACAUUCUGGCCCAAGAGAUGGGCAAACUGACAGAGUUCCAUGUGACACUUCAAAUUCCAGCCUCUAAUCUCAGCCCAAACAGAAGGAGAGGUGCUUUUGUUAGUGAGCCAGCCAUCCUUGUGAAGAGGAAAAAUCGCAGUAGCCAGAUCUGGUCACUGGAGAAGUUGGAGAAUAAGGUGAUCGACAUGCGGGAGAUGUACGAGGAACGCAAAGCCAGCGGUGGAUCCAUGAUGGUAGAGGAAUCUUUCACAGAAGACUCUGAUUGUUCCAUUCUUUCUGGGGACACUGGUCCACCCACAGUUGGCGACCCAUUCUAUGAAUCACAGGAGAACCACAACCUGAUUGGAGUGGCUAACAUCUUCCUGGAGUGUCUUUUUCAUGAUGUCAAGCUGGACUACCAUGUCCCCAUCAUCAGCCAACAGGGCGAGGUUGCUGGCAAACUUCACAUUGAAAUCUCCAAACUGGGUGGCGCUGUCUUGGAUCGUUACGUGGACAUGACAGCUGACAACUAUGAUGACAACAACGUUCCCAUGGGCGCCCCACUCCUCAUUAAUGUUUGUAUCAAAGAAGCCAGAGGUCUGCCCCUUGCUCUCUCCAACUUUGUUUUCUGCCAAUAUUCCUUCUGGGGGGAGUCUGAGCCCUGUGUUGUUCCCCCUUACAUCAACCCUGAUACUGUCAGCAGGAAAGAUGAUCACACUGUGAACUUUGUUUUCAAUCAUGAAAAGUUAUUUAGGGUACCUAUCACAGAGGAAUUCAUGGAGCAUUGUGCAGAUGGGGCCCUGUCUAUCGAAGUCUGGGGCCACAGGAGUCAGGGAUUUGGUAAAGAUCUUGUCAUGAGUGAUGCAGCUCAGGCCAAGUCUAGAUCUGUUGCAGACAGGUGGAAUGAAGUGAUGAGGAAGAUUGAAUUCUGGGCAGAGAUUCAUGAACUCAAUGACCAGGGAGACUACACAGCUGUGGAGGUUACACCCAAGAAUGAUGUUCCCUGUGCUGGUGUCAUGCAGUUAAGACAAGGCCAUUCAAGGCGAGUGUUGGUUCGAGUUCGGCCAGUUGCUAAUUCAGGGACUCUCCCACUCAUCUGUGAAUCAAUUACAUCUCUUGCUAUUGGCUGCGUAUGUGUCAGAUCUCGUCUGCAGAAAGGGCUGGACUCGUACCAAGAAGAGGACCUGACAGUUCUGAGAGACCAUUGGUCCAAAGCUUUGGCUAGACGCAAGAAAUACCUGGACGAGCAAAUUCAGAAACUCAUCAAUAAACAAGACAAGUCAGAAGCUGAUUCUGAAAGAGAAAGGGCAUUAAUUGAACAGUGGGUCUGUCUGACUGAAGAAAGGAAUGCUGUCCUAGUUCCCUCCCCUGGAAGUAAUAUACCAGGAGCCCCAGCUGAUUGGCUGCCACCUGCCAAUCUUGAAGAACAUACCCCGGUGUUAUUUUUAGAUCUCAAUGCUGAUGACAUGAGUGCCCCCAAUGCCAAAGAAGGUCUACAGGCAGUGGGUAUCAACUCCAUCUUGCCCAAAGAACACAGUACAGAUUACGUCCAGCUACCCAUAAUCAAGAGCUACACUGACAAAGACACAGUUUGUGCUUUUGCCUCAUGGGACUCAUCACUGCAUGAUUCUGUGCACUUGAAUCGAAUCACUCCAGCCAAUGAGCGUGUGUACAUGAUCCUCAAGGCAGUGGUGCGCCUCAGCCAUCCAGCAGCAAUCGAGCUUGUCCUGAGGAAGCGAGUCUGCAUUAACAUAUACAAGAAACAAGGACUCUCCUCAUUUACUAACAUGCUGAAGAACAGGAUUGUUGGAGCUGAUUGUCUGACUGCCAGUGGAGUUAUCUAUGAAGUUGUUUCCAACAUGCCCAAGGGAUCAGAAGAUUUGGAAGACAUGGAGACACUUGCCCAGAUGGCUGCCUCUCAGAAUGAAGUGUCUGCAGUUGAUGGAGAGACCUACAUCGAGAAGUACAUCAAAGGUGUUUCAGCUGUGGAGAGUAUCCUGACCCUUGACAGAUUACGCCAGGAAGUUGCAGUGAAAGAAAUGUUGGCCAAUUCUGGACGUUUGGGAUCCAAUCUCCGCAAGACAACAAGUGUGCCCAAUAUAAAUCAGGCUGCCUAUUCCCCUAGUAAACUUAGCCAUCAUUUCCGUGCUGACAGCAUCCAGGACCUGUCCCAGUCACUGAAUGAUGGAAACAUAUACAACACAACCACCAGAUCUCCAAGCUUCCCCGGUGAGCUUUUUCGCCUCAGGACGAAUGCUGAGGCGGAUGAAUCCUUUGCUGCUCUGGCCAAAGUGGCGUCACAACAAAAACGGCACUCCUUCGGAUUAGCUCGACCAAACUUUUUGAACCUCCCAAUGUUGCGCUCAGGUAGUGGCACUUUCCACAGCGCAUCCACCUAUUUCUCACGCUCUGUAGUGUACUAUGCUUCACCUAAGCUUCUCUUAAGUCCAUUGUCCUCGGCAGGCAAGAGUGUGGUCAAGCCAAUGAGGACACUUCUGGAAGAACAACAAAGUCGACCACUGUUGAACAAAGCUUCAGCUGAGGAGUUUGGGGAAGAGGAUGGUGCCAGUGCUCAGACAAGUUCUGUAAGAAAAAAGCUGGAGAAUGAAUUGGACUCACACAGUAUUGAUUCUGAUGAGUACCAGGACUACGAGUCCCAUCCUUCUGCCAGAGGAAGUAAACUAGCUCACAACAUGACCCCAUCAUCCACAGCUGACAGCAUUGCUGAAGCCAAUGUUAAAGGUUACACUCCUAGCAUGACCUCCAGUGGUUAUGGUUCACAAGCUGUUUCCACACUGACCCUGUCAUCAGAAGACUCUGCUAGUAUCAAAAGCAUUGAGGAGCACAUAGAUAGGCACCAGCGCAAGCUUCAGAGUGGGGAGCACAGCGGUGAGAGUGAAGAGAUGGAUGAGGACCCUGAUGUGACCCUGGAUGAGGAUGUGAGCAUCCCUGAUGAUGUCAGCAAGCUUAUCAGGCCUGAAAGAUUCAACCCAUUCACAACUGAGAUUGUUGAGGAAGACUUGGAGAAUGUUUCUUCACCUCAGCCUAAUCCUCCAGUUUCGACUUCCGACUCCUCCGAGGGGCAGGAAGAAAGGAGGAAAGGCAUAGAGUUGGAUGAAGAUGACCUCACAAUUGUGGAAGAUUCAGACAGAAAGUCUAACUCAGAAAUGGACAGUGAUCCCUACAGCGUUGAUGCCAUGGAAGAGCUGGAAAAGCUUGGAGAGGAAGAUGAAGAAGAUGAAGAGGAUGCUGAGGUGAUGAGAAGCUUAAAAUCAAGUGAGUCCAAUCAAAAGUCUCAGCCUCAGGUAGUAGUCCAGGUACACACAGUUCAGAAGCCAUCCCCAGAGACAAAAGUAGCCCAGAGCAAUGUGAAAGUUGGUAGCCCUGGUAACACAAUUCACAUUUCUGUAAAUGACAAACAUUUUAUACCCGGUAAAAACAGCAGUAGGGCCUCACUUUCACCAAAUCAGACCAUAAGCAAGGGUGAAAAAGACAAGGUCAUCCUAGACAAGAAAGCCUCUGGAAAUGGCAAAAGGAAGUCUGGAGUCCGGCCACGCCCAAUGUCUAUGGUUGUGUCUCCCCAGACAGAGAUGAUGACCAGAGCAUGGCAAGAUGAUGGAAGCUAUCACAGUCAGAAAACCUGUUCUGAAGAAUUACUUUCAGUUGGUGAUGAUUCUAUGAGUGAGUGUUCCUUUGGCAGUCGUGCAGACCUUGACAGGCUCCAUGAAGGACCUGUUCCUACUUGGGUUCAGGAUGGUGAGCAUGUGACAGUGACAUCCUCACGAGGAUUUUCCAAAAGUGGCACGAUUAAGUUUGUUGGCAAUGUUCAGUUUGCUAAUGGCACUUGGGUUGGAGUUGAACUUGACCAGCCAGAAGGUAAGAAUGAUGGUACAGUGAAAGGAGUACGUUACUUUCAAUGUCAGCCAAGACAUGGAGUCUUUGUACGACCUGACAAGCUUUUCUGGGACAAGAAGAGAAAAAACUCUCAGAAGGGAGGAAAUCCAUUCAACCGCCGAAGCUUGCCAGGACUUGGUGGCUCUCUAACCAACCUUACAGGGGGGAGUCAUUCAGGGGGCUCAACCUACAUGAAGUCGACAACAUCUAGCACUUUAAAGAAGAAAUAAAUUUAGAUUGGUGGUAAUAAUGUUUCAGUUUGUGUUAUCUGGUCUUUAGGAUUCAAAUUAUGUAUUUGCUCUUGAACGUGUUGUGUAAAAAAAAAAAUAUCAGAUGUAAACUUUUAGAAUGUUAUUGAUCCCAGAUGAAAAGUAAUUUUUGUGUUGAGACACUACUGUACAAUUAAUUUUAAACCAAGUUAAAUGUUUUGGUAUAAGCUAGACAUGUAGAUACAUUAGAUUUUUAAUACACAUUUAUGCAUCUUAGUAUCAAGAAUUUAAUUUUAUAUUAAACUAUUUAUUUAUUAGGUCAGUACUUUUUGUUACAAGUAACUUUUCAAAGUAAAAAAAAAAAGAGUAACUUUGGAGUGUUUUUUUUCUAUUAUCAUCAAUCCCCACUGGACUAUAAAUAAAAGUACAAGAAAGAGGAAAACUCCUUUCAACUUUUUAUUUUGACAAUUAUUUUUAACACCUGUGUUGAACAGUUAUGUAAAAUGUAAUGAUUAAAUUAAGCUCCUUUAUAAGUUCGAAGUAAUGUGUUUUCUCAUUCUGGAAAACAGGUUUGUGGUAGUCAGUAGUGUUCUCAUUCUGGAAAACUGGUUUGUGGUAGUCAGUAGUGUUCUCAUGACAGCAUUCAAUAAGUGGUCCAUGUCCCAGAACUUAAUAAUGAAUAUGGACCAUCUGAUGUCAAAACUAUAUGGUUGUAACGCAAAUGUCUUUUAUCUCAAACUCUAAUGUUGUACUUUGUACAAAAUGCUACCACUGAAAGAUUGUAAAAUGUGUGAAUAGAACAAAGUUUUGAACACAUCAUCUUUAAUAAUCAAACAUGAUUGUCAGUGUUUGUAAGUUGGAAUUUUAGCUUUUUUUAAUUUACAUUUGACUCCAAGUCUAAGAACUUCUCUGGCCAAUCCAAAAUAUAAAAAAAAAUAUGAAUAUAAUGUGUAUAUAUAUAUAUAUUAAAAUGAAUAGAUUAAUAAUAAUUUUGUUUUUCAAUAUAUUGAUUAUAGAGCACACAAAAAAUAUUUUUAAAGAUUCAGUUUUCAAGACCAGAGCAAUUGUAACUAUCUAAAUUAUGCUAUUGACUACAUGAUAUUAUAGAAGUGUAAUGGAAGUUAUAAAGUCGAUAUGGCUGUGCAUAUAUGUAUCAUUCCUACAUUUCCAUUUCUUCAAUGUAAUGGCCGUAAUAUAUUUCAACCUAACAACACUUGCAUAUAUAUAUACAUUUGUAAUAUUCUUGUGUAAACAGAGUGUGUAGUUCAAAGAUCACCAUGUAUUGCAUAUUACCAAGACAUUAAUAACCAUCAGACUAGUGUCCUUUUUUUUUAGCACAUUCAAUUUUCUUGUUUUUUUUUUUUGUUUUUAUUUAUUGUAAAGCUGACAGUGAACCUUAUAUUUUGGUAAAACUAAGAAAAGUUUUUUAAACUUUGUUUUAUUCUAUCAGUUGAACUUUUUCUGUAGCAGACAAUUGGUUUGCUUAAGUUUUGAAUUUUUUAUAGCCUAUAGAUAUACAUUUUUUAUAGUAAAUUAUUAUUAUAUCUUAUAAAAAUUGUCAUCACAUUGUAAACAUAGUGUUAGUGAAUUUUUUUAAUGUAAAGGUUGUAAUUAUAAUCUUAGACUUUCAGUUUCCUUAUUAUUAUGAAAUGCAGAUACUAUUUUUUUUUUAAAUUGUUGUGACCAAAUGAUUCUUUUUUUUUUCAAUUGAAAUAAUUACUUUUUUAUUUUGUUAUAAUUAGGUUGUGUUGUGUAUUUAAAAACAAUUUAUAAUAUAGCAAAGGUUGUGCUUUCAUUGCAAUAUUAAACAUUUAUUUUGUAGAAUGUUUUAUAACAAAAAGGCUUUUUUUUUUUCCCAUUUCUCUUUUUUUUGUUGUUGUUGUAAAUAACUAGAAGGUAAACCAAACUUGAAGAUGUGAGGCUAUUUCUCUGACACCAAAUUGUAUCUAAGUGCCACAAAUCUCCUUCACUGUGCAAUACAUAUUCCUUUUCAUACAGAUUGAUUUAUAUCUACACUGAGCACAAUAGUUGUGUGCACUAGUUUCAGUUUAUCAACACAAUAGUUGUACACUAAUUUCAGUUGAUCAACACAAUAUUUGUGGAAUUUAGACUUGUAUCAUUUAUUUAUUUACUUUUUUUUUUUUUACAUUCCUGCAUUCCAAACAUUUUUUGUUUUCACUUAUUUAAAAUGUUCAAUUUUUUUAAAAUUUGGAACUCAUUAAAAUUGUGAUGGUAAAAGAAACAAAAACUAUGUUAUAUUUGACUUGACAUAGGUUUAUUUAUUGGAAUUAAGCUAGGUUCUUAGUUUGCAAAAAUAUGGGGAUUUUUUUUUUUUCUUCUAAUAUCUAAACUUUUUGUUUUUACAUUUGAAAUAUUUGAACAAAUGAUAGUUAAUUGAAAGAUGUUUUUUUUUAACCUCAGGAAAUGAUAUAUUUUGAAUAUUGAAAAAAUAUUUUUAGCCCAAGUAUCAGUUUUUUAAAAUUACUUUGAUUAGGCCUCUGCUUAUCAUUGACAGUUUAAGGGUAAAAUUUUUGAAGCAUGCAUUUGUUAUGGUAUACAUAAUAUAAAAAGCAUAACAUCUUGUAUUACACUUGUAUUCCUGAACUUUGGUCAAUAUCAUUGACAAACUGUUUUCAAUUUGGCAAUGCUUGAUGUAUUGUUUUCUGUGUUUUUAGUGACAUAAAAUCAUGUGUCUUGUUUGUCUUGUUUUAUUGAUUAGCUUAUUGCUGUGUUUCUUGUUCUAGCGUCACAUUUGAAUUUCAAAGUUUCUUUGACCUUUUCCUGAGAUUACUUGACACUUGUAGCCAAUGCUUUAAACAAACAUUUUUUUAUUAUUUUUUUGGGGCAUGUAACAAAGUUUUUGUAUCCAUGACUUCAUGCUAUUUUUCUCUCACUGUUUCAUUUUCCAGUUUAAUUUUCAACUUACCUGUAUAAUUCUUUGUUUGUAAAUGUCUGCCAACUGUGCUGAUUUUCUGUAUGCAGAUGUACUUAAAUAGCCAGUUUUGGGUUGCCUAUGUAAUAUUGAUCCAAAUACAUUUGGACUGCAUUUUUUUUAGAUUGAACUGACUAGUUCUGUUCUAAUGAUGUCUUAGACUUGACCUAGUAAUGUCAUGUGACUAAGGUUUUGAUGAUGCCAGGGUUUUAUCCCAGUGAUGUCAAAGUAAUUAUAGUUCAUGCUGUGAUAAAAUCAAAAUUAAUUCUCUUAUUAAAAAAAAAUUUAUUGUGUUGUGAAAUUAUUAAAGGAAAAAUGUAGUUUUGUUCUCAACAAACUUUUUGAAUAAAAUGUUGAGAAUCGUAUUCAUUUUACAUAACCUAAAUGGCAAUAUCUAUCAACUUAAACUGUGUUAUACAGGAAUAUGAGAAAUACAAUUUUCAGUGAUGAAAGUUUGAUAUCAUUCUGUUAAAAUUCUAGUUUUUAAUUUUUUAGAGGCUUUAAUGUUAAAUAUGGUACAAAAAAUGUUUUUUGGAGUUGUCAUGUCAUAUUUUACUUUAUAGUCUAAUAUCAAGAUAAGGUUCAUUGUGUUAUACAAAUUAUGUCCAUUAGUUUUGCUGGUUUAACAAUGCUAGAGAGAGAACAUUUUUUUAGCUUUUAGUCUUAGUUGUAAACAUGUUCAAGUUUGCUCAGUGACAAGAAUUAUUUGAUAUGCUAAAGGUAAACAUUGACCAGUUCAAUUAGUUUCACUUCCAAUGCUUUAACAUUUUCUUUGUAUUGAUGUGUUAAUGUAAUUGCAUUUUGAACCAGUAUCUUUUGCCCCUUUAUAUUUUAUUACUAUAGCUUUUCAAAGUCCAUUCAGACAAAUUUAUUGCAAUAUUUUGCUGCAGUCUUAUAAAGAAACACUGUCAAUAUUUAUAUUUAGUUUUAGCUCGUCCGAGAUUAAAUUUUGUUAAUGAAGACAAAUAAAGAUUUUGUUUUUUCGCAUUUCAAGCAUCAGUUUUGGUCACUACAUUACAUAAAUGGCUUCAAAAACUGAUAAUUAUUGAAAGAUUAUAGUUGAUGUUUGGACAUCAAGAAAUUGUGAAAUGAAGUUGAAUCAGAAAUAAAGUACAUCUCCAAUUAGUUGGUGCUACUAGAAACAAACAUUUUGGUCUUUCCCAAUGAAUGAAAACACUCUGUUGAUAAAGAUAUGCAAGUAAUAGUUGUUUGCAUCCUUUCAUUAGCCAAACAUUUCUCUCUUACCCUUUCAUUGCAAAUGUAAAGCACCAGAAACAAUUUUCUUUUACACUUUCUUAUAGGCAUUUGAGUAGUCCAAGCUACCUGGUACAACAGGGAAUAUAACUUACAUUCACUCGUGAGUUCAUGUCUAAUUUAGUUUUGAUGAAGUGGAAUAUUUUGUAUUUUUUCAUUCUUGCUAAUCUUCUAUGGCUAAACGUCAUUCAGAUAUACUCUAGCAUUUCUUUCCAUUGAAACACUGAAUGGCUAGGGGAGGAGCUAGGGGGCUGCACAUCUGGAAUUUAAAAAAAAUAAACUCUUUCAAUUAGGUUUAAUUAUCAACUAUUGUUAAACACACAAACACAUGUUGGAGAAACACUUAAAGUGAACAGUUCUUUGAAAACCUAUUUGGACAUUUGUAGCCCAGUAUUUAUGCUUCCUACUAUUAUUGCAAUGAAAUGUGAAGAAAGAUACACUGAUCAGAAAUAAAGAGGCAUGUAUAUUGACAUAUUGUUUAUUUCAUCUUUUUUCUUUCCCUGUGAUUGUCUUCAAAACCAUCCAUUCUAUUUUUUAAAAAUGUCAUUGUUAAAUUCUUUUCAAAAUCUUUUGCUUGAUCAUUACUAUUCAUAUUCUCAUCACUUAUUAAUUUGGGCUACCAGCUACCAGCUAUCAUAGUUGACUUCAAGCCCUUGCAACUUUGUCAGAUACUAAUUUUGUUUUAAAAGAAUCAUGUCAAAGUGUGUAAACUUGUAUAUAACAAAGAAGUUUCAAUAUGCUGGGUUAAUUCUGAUGUUCUGUUUAUUAAGCUAUAAUUGAUUGAUUAAUGCAUACACUGUCUCAAGUUUCAGUUAGAGGUUGAUGAUUAAGGCCAGAUUUUUUAAAAACAUGUACAUUUUUUAAAUUAAUUUGUUUUUACAUAUUGGUUUGUAAAAAAAAUAAAUAUUAUUAAACAGCUGAAAAGUCCUGGAUUCUAAGUCUGUUAAUAAUAGACUCAGUACAAGCUUAUGUCAUAGUUCCCUUUCUAGCUUUUUAAUCAAAAAUUGAUUUUGUUCUUUUUUACAUAAAUUUUCUACAUCACUUAAAGAGAAAUUUUGCAGUAUGUGAGCUGGACUGUUGUUCAACUUUCUGGCUGGUCCUGGGUUCAUAUCGUGUCAACUGCCAUCCCCCAUCAUCCUGCGGGAGGUUAGAUGUAGAUUAUCUUCAACUUGGAAGGAACAUCCAAAACAUGUAAAACAGUUUACAAACAAAAUAUUUCUUCCUUUAACUAAGAGUAUAUAAUAUUAUUUCAUAAUCAGUUGAAGGAUCUCAACAACUUAUCAAAAAAUUUCCCAAAGAGAAAUAAUUUGAUUUUUUAUUUUAUAUUAUCUUUUUGUAACUUUCACACCUAAGAAUUGUGAUUCAAGUAUUACAUUUAUUUCUGUUGUUUCAACUGCAAACUAGUUUAAAUCCUUUAAUACUUCAGCUUUAAAUAUUUUCUUGCAAUGUUUACUUUUUGGUCUACUUCAACUAAAAAUAUCUGGCCCAUUUGUUGACAUUUCUUUACAGUUUGCCUGAUUGGGUUACAUUGUCAAUGUUAGCCUCUAGUUUGUGUAUCUAUUUUUCUUUUCUAACCUUGAACUUCUCACUGUUUAAGCUAGUCAACACUGUUCUCACCAUUGUAUGUUUUUGUUUCUGUGUCUAGAUUUACUUCAACCUAAAACCAAAAUAAUUUUCAUUCAAGCUGUACAUAGAUCUGUGUUGACUGUUGACUGCAGAGAGCAGAUGUCAAAGGUGAAAAGGUCAUAGGGAAGGAACAAGCAUUCACAACUUUUCUGUUUUGGUUCAUUUAAUGUUCAGCUCUCUGAUUUGUGAGUGACUCCCCCCUUGAUUGUCUCAGCUCUUCUUAAAAACAUCAGAAAUUUAUGGAAAUAAACUUUUUUUUU